AUGCCUCCCCAUUCCACGCCCAAAAGGGGGAGAAGAGACGAGCACCCGCACCCCGUGAGGUUUCCGUUUGUCCACUCCUGCUGCCGCUGCUGCUCGCGCCCGCCGCCACCGCCGCCGCCGCCGACUCGAGGAGGGAGGCCGUGGAUGGAGAUCGCGCGGUCCGCCGCCGCCGUGGGCUGCUCCAAGGAGCACCAGAGGAUCUACGCCGACUGGUUCGCCAUCGCCGACCCAGAUGGAGACGGGCGCGUCACGGGCGCCGACGCCACCAAGUUCUUCGCCAUGUCCGGCCUCUCCCGCGCCGACCUCAAGCAGGUCUGGGCGAUUGCUGACUCCAAGCGUCAGGGGUACCUCGGCUUCGGCGAGUUCGCGGCUGCGAUGCAGCUCGUUUCUCUCGCUCAAGCGGGCAAUGAGAUCACCCAGGACAGUCUCAAGCGUGAAGAUCUGAGUAGCUUCGAUCCUCCUGUGAUGAAAGGUCUUGAUGAACUGCUUGCUAGAUCAAUGGCUAUUGUGAAUGUAGUUCGCCCACAAGAAAAUGGCACCCCUCAGGUGCAAGCACCUUCUACAAACAGCUGGUUCAGUUCCAAAUCAGCAAAGAAGAUUCAAACGCCUCUGACUGCUGUUACUUCUGUAAUUGAUGGCUUGAAAAGACUCUACAUCGAAAAACUGAAGCCUUUAGAAGUUGCAUACCGGUUCAAUGAUUUUGCCUCCCCAUUGCUGACGAACAGUGACUUCGAUGCGAAGCCAAUGGUUAUGCUCUUGGGUCAAUAUUCUACAGGGAAAACAACAUUCAUUAAGCACCUGUUGAAAUCAAACUUCCCAGGAGCUCAUAUCGGACCAGAGCCCACUACUGACAGAUUUGUGGUUGUGAUGUCAGGAUCUGAUGAAAGGACUGUCCCUGGCAAUACAAUUGCAGUCCAAGCUGAUAUGCCUUUCAAUGGUCUUACAACAUUUGGGGGUGCAUUCCUAUCAAAGUUUGAAUGCUCUCAGAUGCCACAUCCUCUACUGGAUCAUAUCACCUUUGUCGACACUCCUGGUGUUCUCUCUGGUGAAAAGCAAAGGACCCAACGUAGUUAUGAUUUCACUGGUGUAACUUCAUGGUUUGCUGCAAAGUGCGAUGUUAUUCUUCUAUUGUUUGAUCCUCACAAGCUCGAUAUCAGUGAUGAAUUCAAGCGUGUCAUUUCUUCUUUACGUGGGAAUGAAGACAAAAUACGUGUGGUGCUGAACAAGGCAGACCAAGUUGACACUCAGCAGCUUAUGAGAGUGUACGGUGCGCUGAUGUGGUCUCUUGGGAAAGUUCUAAACACCCCUGAGGUUAUGCGUGUCUACAUUGGGUCGUUUAAUGACAAACCUGUGAAUGAAUCAGCUGUUGGGCCAAUUGGAAAGGAAUUGUUUGAGAAAGAGCAAGAGGAUCUCCUUGCUGACCUGAAAGACAUACCUAAGAAGGCUUGUGAUCGCCGGGUCAAUGAGUUUGUGAAGCGUGCUAGAGCUGCGAAGAUCCAUGCUUACAUAAUUGGCCAGCUGAAGAAGGAAAUGCCUGCAAUGAUGGGGAAAGCCAAGGCUCAACAGCGACUCAUUGACAACUUACAAGAUGAGUUUGCAAAGGUCCAGAGGGAGUACCACCUUCCGGCGGGCGACUUCCCUGACUUGGAGCACUUCAAGCAGGUGCUGGCCGGGUACAGCAUCGACAAGUUCGAGAAGAUGAAGCCCAAGAUGGUGCAGGCCGUGGACGACAUGCUCGCGCACGACAUCCCGGACCUCCUCAAGAACUUCAGCAACCCUUACCAGUGA